AUGGAUUUAGUGAAGGCUGUCCAGCAUUAUGUGGACAAAAUGGUCAAUGAAGUCCCCGGCAUGAAGGCAUUAUUACUUGAUACAGACACGACGCCAGUUGUAUCACUCGCUACAACACAAUCUACAUUGCUUACAAAAGAAUGUUAUCUUAUUGAUCGCAUCGACAACCGUAAUCGCGACAAGAUGCGACAUCUCAAGUGUAUAUGCUUUUUACGUCCAACACCCGAAUCGUUACGAUAUUUGAUUGACGAACUACGCGAACCAGCUUAUGGCGACUAUUAUAUCUAUUUUAGCAAUACUUUAAAUAAAUCGGAUAUCGAACGGCUGGCCGAGAUUGAUGAGCAUGAAGUAGUACGAGAAGUUCAGGAAUACUUUGGCGACUACCUCGCCAUUAAUUCCGACCUAUUUUCUUUGGGCAUGGACGGACGUAACCUUUUUGGCGAAUCUAUAACUACUUGGAGCACAGACGCAUUCCAGCAAUCCGUACGCGGCAUAUGCUCUGUAUUAUUGAGCUUGAAAAAGAAACCAGUUAUCCGCUACGAAACUGCUAGCCCGAUGGCCAGACAGCUUGCGCAGGAAGUCCAGAAAAACAUUCAGCGCGAGGGCCAGUUAUUCGAUUUUAGAAGACCCGAUACCCCACCUGUUUUACUUAUCCUCGACCGUCGCAAUGAUCCUGUUACUCCCCUCUUGUCUCAAUGGACCUACCAAGCCAUGGUACACGACUUGAUUGGCAUUCACCAUGGUCGAGUGGAUCUUUCGGACGUUCCUGAUGUCCGAAACGAGCUAAAGGAAAUUGUUUUGUCCGCCGAUCAAGAUCCAUUCUUUAAGAAAUCCAUGUACCUCAACCUCGGCGACUUGGGUGCCAACAUCAAGCAAUACGUAGAUGAAUACCAAUCCAAGACGAAAUCCAAUAUGAACAUUGAAUCGAUUGCGGAUAUGAAACGAUUCGUCGAAGAAUAUCCAGAGUUUCGUAAGCUAUCCGGCAAUGUAUCCAAGCACGUUGCUCUCGUCAGUGAGUUGAGUAGACGAGUCUCUCAAGAACAUCUGCUGGAGAUUAGUGAACUGGAACAAGGCUUGGCAUGUAACGAGAAUCAUAAUAGCGAUCUCAAGAACGUACAAAAGAUGUUGGAGAGUGAUCAGAUAGCGGAGGAUGCAAAGGUGCGGUUGGUGUUACUUUAUGCUUUACGCUACGAACGGACGCCAAACAAUGCGAUCAAAUCGCUAAUCGAUUUGCUGGAUCGAGUUGGCGUGAGCGAAAAGAAGAGUGCACUGGUCGCAUCUGUACUGAUGUACGCCGGUUCAGAGCAACGUCAAGAUGAUCUGUUUUCGAAUCAAACUUUCCUAUCUCGUGGACGAAACGUGUUGAAAGGAUUAAAGGGUGUUGAAAAUGUGUACACGCAGCAUACUCCAUUGUUAGGAGAGACAUUGGAUAUGUUGAUUAAUGCACGUUUGAAGGAAACCAGCUAUCCGUUUGUGAGUGGGCAAUCACAGGCAAUUCGUGAAAGAGCACAAGACAUCUUUGUGUUCAUUGUUGGAGGUGCGACAUUUGAAGAAGCGCGCUAUGUGGCACAAUUAAAUGCAGCAACGCCAGGUGUUCGAGUUGUGCUAGGAGGAACGUGCAUUCAUAAUUCAUCAAGUUUUAUGCAACAGUUAGAUGCUGUUGGUCAAAAGGGCAUGAGUUUAUCUUCAGCUGCACGGCGACUAGGCCAUUCUUGA